AUGGUUCUGUCUUCCAAGAUGAUUCCGAUACGGUUAUCCAUAGUCUUUGCAACAUUCUUCUGUUGCUGUUUUGCCCUGGAAUGCUAUACAGGAUUCAAAUAUAUAAGGGGACAAAGCGUAGGGUCGUCUAAGGAAACAUGCAAGAGUUCAAGCGACUACUGCUACAAUGCCACAGCUGACGUUACACAACUGAAUGAGAUCUCAAUGGCCGGCUGUUCAACAACGAGAUGCUUUCUGAGUCGAAAUAAGUGCAUCAGCCAAAUCGUGUCAGGACAUAAACUCAAGUUUUGCUGCUGUAACACGGGCGAUCUUUGCAAUUCAAAACUCACGAAUCUCACCUUCUUUGAGAAAACGAAGCAACGAAUCAAAGACAUCCUCCAUAUCGGGUAACUUAUCCACUAAUGAAGCAUUGUACAUUCAAUUCAAUAAAAUAUUUUUCUUCGCCA